GCGGUAUCAUGGCGAUAACGUUGCUUAUGUAAUUGCCAUGAACAUGGGAGGAAGGAGCCAUCGCAGUACUUGCAACCCCCCGUCGCUGCUGCACUGUUGCCUAAGCCCUUAUGGGAAGCUCAUUCGAGAUGAACAACUUCCCUUCUCCGCAAAUCUCGUCCCAAUUCACUUCCAUCUUCUCAGACCUCUCCCCAUCGACCUCCGUCUCUCUCUCUGCCCGCCUCCAACAACGGCGCGGAAUCCGGCCUCGCAGCGCCAAGAUCGGACGUGGGGACCGUCUUCGGACGUUCGUUCCCAAGCCAAUUGCAUAACACGACUCUCGUUACUCCCACUUGUUCCUGGCGUCGAUAAGGGGGUACCUAGACAGACGACGUCUCCCAGCAGAGCGGUUCGCCGCCGUCGGCCCCGGUUGGUUCGCACCCAUCCAUCCACGCAUAUCCAUUAUCCGCAAGCCAGCCGAGCCGCGCGAUGCCAAAUACAGGCAGGCCGAGUCCAAACUGCCACUUGUGCCGGAGCCGAAGGGUCAAGUGCGAUUUAGGCCGACCUCAGUGUCAAAGAUGCAUCAAGUACGGGGUCCAGUGCCCCGGCUACCGCGACGAUGACGGGAUGCGCUUUCAAAACGCCGAUCCCACCUCGUUUGAGCGACGGAAGAAGAAGAACCACCAGCACCAAGACGAGGACGAUGAGGCUACGUCGGUGACCAACUCGAGGACCGGGACCCUACAGAUCAUAGAAUUCACACCUGAAUUAUCGACAGCGGCAUCGACCUCAAGCUCGGCGUCCCCUGCGUCGAGCUGCCAACCGAGCCGGCAGUCCACACCUGCCACGAGCAUCACCACCGACACCACUACCUCGACGCAACUAUCUGUAGCACUUCCCGUGCUCAAGACCCUUCGUCAACACUGGACUGCCGAGUCCAUCCCGCUGGUCCUGGGAUUCUAUGAGAGCCUGGACUUCCUUCCAGGCUUGUUCCGGGGUGCCGGCCAAAACCACUGCCUCGUGCUCACCGGCCAGGUCUUCACCAGGGCCUAUAUGAUUAACAAGUUUCGUCCCAGGGCCGACUACCGCGAGCUGUCCAUCGUUCUCGGCCAUGCCCUGGCCGCGGUACAGGAGGCUAUCAGAAACCCGAAGACGUAUACUUCUGAUUCGACGAUCGUUGCGGUUUGGUUGCUUGGAAACUAUGAGCUGAUGAUUGGCGGGUUGGAACGGAGAUCGUUCAUUACCAAUAAAGAAAGGGGUUCGUCGCCCGAAGUUCCCUGGCACAUCCACGGCCAGGGCCUCCUCAGCCUCAUGCGGGCAAGGGGGGACCGGCAGCUCUACACCCGGUCCGGCCGUCAAAUCUUCUGGGUCAUGCACAAUAUGAUUCAAGUCCAACUCACGAUUGCAAACACGCCUUGUCCCCCGGACUUUGAACGCUGGCUCGACAUCAUCGAAGCAACCCUCCAACCUAGCGAAGGCCUCCUUCUUCACACUGCCCGCUACCUCUCUGCAGCAUGCUCCCUUCUAUCGAAACUGAUCCCGAUAACACUCAGCGGCGAUGCCUCCCGCGCCCGGGCAGCGUACCCGGCCCUCAUUGCUGAGAGCGACCGGGCGGACCUCGCCAUGGCGGAGUGGAUGCGCGCGGCGCCCGAGUUCCAAAUCGAACCGGGGCCGAUGUGGGGCUACUUCUGGAACUCGUGGCGGAGCGCAAGGAUCAAGGUGCACCACAUGAUCAUUCUCAUUUCGAAUCUCGUCGAGUAUGGUGAGCCGUCGCUGGUCCCGGAAGAGUACGAUGCCGACUGUGGUGGCUGUCCGUUGUUGAACCCGGAAGUCCUUCACGCCCGCCGGGAAUUCUGCAUGGGCAUCAUCGCGACGGCCGGUCGGGAUGUAGUGGAGGGGAUACCGAGGUCGUUGGGCGGGAAAAUGCCGGACCUGGACCCGGAUUUGCCCUCGUCGUACUUCGAUGGCGUGAGGUUGAUUUGGCCGCUGAGCCACCUGUACAUUCUCCCAACGGCGCCGCGGCACCUGCGAAUCGUGGCAAGGGAUGCAUUGUUGAGAAUCGCCAAGGAGAAGGGGAUCUUGACGGCGUUGAAGCCGAGAGCGGGCGGGAUGCUGUUCCCGGAGGCGGCCUUGAGGGGGAUCCCGGUGGAUAAUUUGGAAGAUGUUGUUGAGGGCGGCGGAAGAGUGCAUCAGAUUGCGACCAAAGUCGAGGCGCAGGAUUGAUGAUACUCCACAAACAAGGUCGAAUGAGAGCGGGCUCCGAGGCUUGGAGCGCGUAUGUUGACUUCUAUGAGAUCUCCGAAUGAUAAAGUCGGGGUUUAGUAACUUCCGUCAUCCGGGUACGGACCCGACAUAUCGCUGUUUUCUUGUUGUGGGUUCUACGGACAUAAUCAUCUAGUUGUACCCGCCGUCGGCUUGUUCCCUCGGGGUAUUCGCCAGUCGGUGCUAAACUCAAUUCGCCG